AAACAACAUCCGGACAGACUUUUGUUCCUACCCGAGAAACAAAACGUGGUGCACCGCCGACGCUAACGUUUUGUAGCUUCGCUUCACUGCUGUAGCAUCUCCCCGUGCCAAUGGUCUGACAUAAGCCAUCAGAGAUGCUGUUAAAAGAUCUUCCCAGAGAGGCCCUGAUGCGGCCGUUGUCCCGGAAUGAAGUGGUGGGUAUGUUGGUGAGGCUGACCAUCUUUGGUGCUGCCACAUACUACAGCAUCAAAUGGGUUGUUGACGCCAUGGAUCCUACUGCCAAACAGAAAAACCAAGCCAAGAAAAGGGCAGAACAGCUGAUGAAGAGGAUUGGUGUCGAGGGGAUCAAACUAACAGAGUAUGAAAUGAAUAUUGCAUCUCACCUUGUUGAUCCACAAACUAUGAAGGUGUCUUGGCGAGAUAUAGCAGGUCUGGACGAGGUUAUCAAUGAACUGCAGGACACGGUCAUCCUUCCCUUUCAGAAAAGACAUCUUUUAACUGGAUCCAAACUCUUUCAGCCUCCUAGAGGUGUUUUAUUAUUUGGUCCUCCGGGAUGUGGAAAGACCAUGAUCGCCAAGGCAACAGCCAAAGCCUCGGGGUGCAAGUUCAUUAACCUUCAGGCCUCAACUCUGACAGACAUGUGGUAUGGAGAAUCCCAGAAGCUGACUGCUGCUGUGUUUUCACUGGCUGUCAAAAUCCAUCCCUGUAUCAUCUUCAUUGAUGAAAUUGAGUCAUUUCUGAGGAAUCGUUCCAGCCUCGACCACGAGGCCACGGCCAUGAUGAAGGCACAGUUCAUGAGCCUGUGGGAUGGCCUGGACACGUCCGCUACCACCCAGGUGAUGGUGAUGGGAGCUACUAACAGGCCGCAGGAUGUGGACCCGGCCAUACUGCGCAGGAUGCCCACCACUUUUCAUGUUGGCCUGCCCGUGAGUUUCAAACACCAGCACAACGUUCACCUCUGCAAACCAAAUUGUCAAACACAAAUCAUAUAUAGUAUGUAAUAAAUGUGGAAAACUCAUAUUUACUACCAUUAAGAG